AACGCCAGUGUUACUGCGCGAGUGUGACCGUACAGUGAAGACGUAGAGAAAGUGGCCAACGGGUUUUAUAUUGAUUGUUCUUUUGAAAGGAAUUACAAUUUAUGCUCAAGGAGUCAUUCAGAGUUUUUGGAGGAAAGUUGAGAGCAGGACUGCAGUGGGGUAGGAGUCCAGAGGCGAGAUGUCUGUCUCAACUCAGCUGGGCUUGCUGCUGUGGAAGAACUUCACCUACAGACGAAGACAAACGCUCCAGCUGCUGGUUGAGAUCAUAUGGCCGCUCUUCAUCUUCUUCAUCUUGAUAGCGGUCAGGCUGAGCUACCCUCCAUAUGAGCAACAUGAAUGCCAUUUCCCCAACAAGGCCAUGCCCUCAGCUGGCACACUGCCCUGGGUCCAGGGCAUCGUCUGCAACGCCAACAACCCCUGCUUCCGCAACCCCACCCCAGGAGAGACCCCAGGCAUGGUGGGCAACUUCAACCAGUCCAUCAUCUCGCGGCUGUUCGCCGAUGCCAAGAGAAUCUUGCUCUACAGUCAGAACGACAAGAGCUUGGAAGGAUUCAAAGACCUGUACCUCGCACUGAAGAACAUGCAGAACACAACCUCAGGUUUCAAGCUGAAGGAUUUUCUCCAUGAUGACGAGACCUUGUCGAAGUUCCUGAUGCACAAUGCCUCCUUUCCCGAAAACGCCAUCAGGGAGAUUGUAGAGGCCAACAUCAACUUGGAAAAGGUGCUGACCAAAGGCUUCACUGUGCACCUGAGGGACAUGUGCAACACCACCGUGCUUGAGGACUUUGUGAAAAUUUCCAACAGAAGUGUGUCUCGGCUCGCCCAAGAUGCCAUCUGCAGAUCCUCCGUAUCGUGGCUGAACCAGGCCGAGAGGCUCUUCCUGUCAAACCUGGACUUCAUGAAACCCAUACGGAAGGAUGUGAAGCCUGACCCUCAGGCCAUGCAGCAGGUCUCUGAGGCUACAGACAAUCUGCUGGAGAGCCUGGGAGCUCUCACAGUGGAGCUGGCUGGCAUGAAGAGCUGGUCAGACAUGCGCAGCGAGAUCCUGUACCUGAAGGAGAACGCCACCACCUCGCCCAGCCACCUGUACCAGGCCGUGUCGCGCAUCGUGUGUGGGCACCCCGAGGGCGGCGGCCUCAAGAUCAAAUCCCUCAACUGGUACGAGGACAGCAACUACCAGGCCCUGUUCGGCAACAAGAACAGCAGCGAGGACGAACCCGUGCCCGUCUACGACAACUCCUCCACUCCGUACUGCAACAGCAUAAUGAUGAGCCUGGAGUCCAGCCCCAUUUCCCGCAUGAUCUGGAGGGCCCUGAAGCCCCUGCUGAUGGGGAAAAUCCUCUACACCCCCGACACCCCCGCCACGCAGAAGAUCAUCAAGGAGGUGAACAGGACCUUUCAGGAGCUGGGAGUCUUCAGGGACCUGGGUGGUAUGUGGGAGGAGAUGAGACCCAAGGUCUGGAACUUUCUGGAGAACAGCGAGGAGAUGAACCUGGUCCGGACUAUGCUUCAGAACAACGCCAGCGCCCGCUUUUUCGACUACCAGCUGAGUGACACCAACUGGACAGUGGAGGACGUGUCCAGCUUCCUGUCCAAGCACUCUGAGGACACACGUCCACCUGGGACCACCUUUACCUGGAGGACUGUGUUCAAUGAGACCGACCAGGCUAUGCAGACCAUCACACACUUCAUGGAGUGUAUCAACUUUGAUAAGCUGGAGCCUGUGGCCAACGAAGAAAGGCUGGUAAACAAAUCCAUGAGUUUGCUGGAUGACAGGAAGUUCUGGGCUGGAAUUGUGUUCCCUGACAUCAAGUCCACCAGCUCUGAGCUGCCUCCAAAAGUCAACUACAAGAUCCGCAUGGACAUCGACAACGUGGAACGCACCAACAAGAUCAAAGACGGGUACUGGGAUCCUGGUCCUAGAGCUGACCCAUUUGAAGACCUGCGCUACAUCUGGGGCGGGUUCUCCUACCUCCAGGACAUUAUCGAACACGGCAUCAUUCGCGCGAUCACCGGCAGCAAGGAACGGACUGGGGUGUACAUUCAGCAGAUGCCUUACCCAUGCUAUGUGGAUGACAUGUUCCUGCGUGUGAUGAGCCGUUCCAUGCCCCUCUUCAUGACCCUGGCCUGGAUGUACUCCGUGGCCAUCAUCAUCAAGGGCGUGGUCUACGAGAAGGAGGCUCGCCUGAAGGAGACCAUGAGAAUCAUGGGCCUGGACAAUGGCAUCCUGUGGCUGAGCUGGUUCAUCAGCAGCUUCAUCCCCCUGUUCAUCAGCGCCUCCCUGCUGGUGCUCCUCCUCAAGAUGGGUAAUCUACUGCCCUACAGUGACCCGGGUGUGGUGCUCCUGUUCCUGGGCUCGUUCGCUGUGGUGACCAUCAUGCAGUGCUUCCUCAUCACCACGUUCUUCUCCCGUGCCAACCUGGCCGCGGCCUGUGGCGGCAUAAUCUACUUCACCCUCUACCUGCCCUACGUGCUGUGCGUGGCCUGGGAGGACUACGUGGGCUUCGGCGUCAAAGUCUUUGCUAGCCUGCUGUCCCCCGUGGCCUUUGGGUACGGCUGUGAGUACUUUGCCCUGUUUGAGGAGCAGGGGGUGGGCAUCCAGUGGGGAAACCUGCUAUCCAGCCCCCUGGAAGAAGACAGCUACAGCCUCACCACCUCCAUCAUCCUUAUGUACUUUGAUGCCUUUCUCUAUGGGGUCAUGACCUGGUACAUCGAGGCAGUCUUCCCAGGUCAGUAUGGGAUCCCUAGGCGCUGGUAUUUCCCCUUUACCAAGUCCUACUGGUUCGGAGAAGGUCAGGACUCAAGAAGCUCCAUCCCGCUUGGAAAGAAAGGAAACUCAGAAGCUCUGUUCAUUGAAGAGGAGCCGAGCCACCUGAAGCUUGGUGUCUACAUAAAGAACCUGGUGAAGGUGUACAGCAGUGGAAACAAGCUGGCAGUGGACGAGCUGACCCUGGGCUUCUACGAAGGUCAGAUCACCUCCUUCCUGGGCCACAAUGGAGCGGGCAAGACCACCACCAUGUCAAUCUUGACUGGGCUGUUUCCCCCUACCUCUGGAACUGCUUACAUCAUGGGCAAAGACAUCCGCUCUGAGUUGAGCUCCAUUCGGCGGGACCUGGGAGUGUGCCCACAGCACAACGUUCUCUUCAGCAUGCUGACUGUGGAGGAGCACAUCUGGUUCUAUGCUCGCCUUAAGGGCCUAACCGAGGAGGAGGUGAAGGCUGAAAUGGAGCACAUGAUCACAGACAUGGGCCUGCCACACAAACGCCGGUCCAAAUCCAGCACACUGUCUGGCGGAAUGCAGAGGAAGCUGUCAGUGGCCUUGGCAUUCGUCGGAGGGUCAAAGGUCGUUAUUCUGGAUGAGCCCACGGCUGGAGUGGACCCUUAUGCUCGUAGAGGCAUCUGGGACCUACUGCUCAAGUACCGCCAAGGACGCACCAUCAUCCUCUCCACCCACCACAUGGACGAGGCCGACAUCCUCGGCGACCGCAUCGCCAUCAUCUCCCACGGCAAGCUGUGCUGCGCCGGCUCCUCGCUCUACCUGAAGAACCAGCUGGGCACCGGCUACUACCUGACCCUGGUGAAGAAGGACAUGGAUAUGACCCUCAGCUCCUGCAGGAACUCGAGCAGCACCAUGUCCUUUAUCAAAAAGGAGGACAGUGUCUCCCAGAGCAGCUCUGAUGCUGGUCUCGGCAGUGAGCACGAAAGCGAAACCACUGCGAUUGGUAAGCUUGAGGGGGCCAUGUGCCUGUUGGACCAAACAAAAAUGAAAAUGGACCUUACUUCGACCGCAUUAAUACCACAUUCCCCUCCAGACGUCUCCCUCAUCUCCCACGUGAUCUUCAAGCAUGUUCCCGCCGCACGGAUGGUCGAGGACCUGGGCCAUGAGCUUAUCUACGUGCUGCCCUAUGAGUCGGCUAAGGACGGGGCUUUCGUGGAGCUCUUCCACGAAAUGGAUGACCGUCUCUCAGACCUUGGGAUCUCCAGCUACGGCAUCUCUGACACCAGCCUGGAAGAGAUAUUCCUGAAAGUGGCAGAGGACAGUGGCGUUGAUACUGAAAUCAUCUCAGACGGCACCGUCCCAGCACGCAGACCUCGACGACAUGCUUUCGGAGAUCACCAGAGCUGCCUCAGGCCCUUCACCGAAGAUGACAUCGAUACACAUGACUCGGAAGGAGACCCAGAAGCCCGGGAGACAGAUUGGCUUGGCGGCAGGGAUGGGAAAGGCUCGUACCAGGUGAAGGGAUGGAGUCUGAAGAGACAGCAGUUUGUGGCCUUGCUAUGGAAGAGAUUCCUGUAUGCUCGCCGUUCCAGGAAAGGCUUCUUCGCCCAGAUUGUGCUCCCCGCCGUGUUUGUGUGCAUUGCCCUGGUCUUCAGUCUGAUAGUUCCUCCAUUCGGAAAGUACCCCAGCCUGGGCCUGGAUCCCUGGAUGUAUGAUGAACAGUUCACCUUCAUCAGCAAUGAUGCCCCUGAAGAUGCCGGUACACAAUAUUUAUUGGGAGCCCUGAUGAAUGAACCUGGUUUUGGAACACGUUGCAUGGAUGGAGACUUAAACGAAUCCGAUGCUCCGUGCACAAUGGGUGACAACAACUGGACCUUACCAGAUGUUCCAGACAGUGUGCUAGACCUCUUCCAAAAUGGCAAUUGGACAAUGGAAAACCCCUCCCCCAUGUGCGAGUGCAGUUGCGACGGCCGUAAGAAGAUGCUUCCGGAUUGCCCAGCCGGAGCUGGAGGCCUCCCACCCCCUCAGAUGAAGAUUAGUGACACCGAUACCCUUCAGAACCUAACGGGCAGAAAUAUCUCGGAUUACCUUGUGAAAACAUAUGCUCAGAUCAUUGGAAAAAGCUUGAAGAACAAGAUUUCAGUUAAUGAAUUCAGGUAUGGUGGCUACUCUUUGGGGGCGAGAAGUAAUCAGGUUCUCCCUCCAGUGGAUGAGGUCAAUGACGCCAUCCUUCGUGUCAAGACGCUCUUGCGCUUGGAAGAGGGCAUGGCAGCUGACCGUUUCCUGAAGAGUUUAACCCACUUCAUCCAGGGUCUGGACACAAAGAGCAACGUCAAGAUCUGGUUCAACAACAAGGGUUGGCACAGCAUCGGAGCUUUCAUCAAUGUGAUGAACAAUGGCAUCCUACGCGCCAACCUGCCGAAGGACCAAGACCCCAGAAAGUUUGGCAUUUCCGCUUUCAACCACCCGCUCAAUCUCACCAAAGAGCAGCUCUCCCAGGUGGCACUUAUGACCACCUCCGUGGAUGUGCUGGUGUCCAUCUGCGUGAUCUUCGCCAUGUCCUUUGUGCCGGCCAGCUUUGUGGUCUACCUCAUCCAGGAGCGCGUGAACAAAGCCAAGCACAUGCAGUUCAUCAGUGGGGUGCAGCCCUUGCUCUACUGGCUGGCCAACUUCGUAUGGGACAUGUGCAAUUACAUCGUCCCGGCCACCCUGGUCAUCAUCAUCUUCAUCUGCUUCCAACAAAAGGCCUACGUCUCCUCCACCAACCUGCCGGCACUGGCUCUGCUGCUGCUGUUGUACGGUUGGUCCAUCACUCCCCUGAUGUACCCGGCCUCCUUCUUCUUCAAGAUCCCCAGCACAGCCUACGUGGCCCUCACCAGCGUCAACAUCCUCAUCGGCAUCAACGGCAGCAUCUCCACCUUCGUCUUAGAGCUCUUCGGCAGCAACGAGGUUGGCGGCAUCAAUGACAUCCUGAAGAACGUGUUCCUGAUCUUCCCACACUUCUGUCUGGGCCGAGGCCUGAUUGACAUGGUGAAGAACCAGGCCAUGGCAGAUGCCCUGGAGAGAUUCGGGGAGAACCGCUUCCGGUCCCCACUAGCCUGGGACAUGGUGGGCAAGAACCUCUUUGCUAUGGCUGUGGAAGGGGUGGUCUUCUUCUGCAUCACUGUGCUCAUCCAGUACAGGUUCUGCAUCAAGGCCAGGUCACUGAACACCAAGCUGAAACCGCUUGGCGAAGAGGAUGAGGAUGUUGGCAGAGAGAGGCAGAGGAUCUUGGCCGGAGGAGGCCAUUCGGACAUCUUGGAGCUCAGAGACCUGACUAAGGUGUACAAGAGUAAGACCAAGCCGGCCGUCGACCGUCUGUGUGUGGGUAUCCCUCCGGGAGAGUGUUUCGGCCUGCUCGGUGUGAACGGAGCUGGAAAGACCAGCACUUUCAAGAUGCUGACGGGAGACUCGACCGUCACAAGGGGAGAGGCCUAUCUGGCAGGAAAGAGCAUCCUGACAGAGAUCGAUGAGGUGCACCAGAACAUGGGCUACUGCCCCCAGUUUGACGCCAUCAACGACCUCCUGACCGGCCGGGAGCACCUGGAGUUCUAUGCCAUCCUGCGCGGUGUGCCCGACAAGGAAGUGUGUGAGGUUGCCGAUUGGGGGAUCCGCAAGCUGGGUCUGGUGAAAUACGUGGAUAAGGCGGCUGGGAGCUACAGCGGGGGGAACAUGCGCAAACUGUCCACCGCCAUGGCUCUAAUCGGUGGCCCGCCUGUGGUCUUCCUGGACGAGCCCACCACUGGCAUGGACCCUAAAGCUCGACGUGCUCUGUGGACCUGUAUCCACAGCAUCAUCAAAGAGGGACGCUCCGUCGUCCUCACCUCGCACAGCAUGGAGGAAUGCGAGGCCUUGUGCACCAGGAUGGCCAUCAUGGUGAAUGGUCGCUUCCGCUGCCUGGGCAGUGUGCAGCACUUGAAGAACAGGUUUGGGGAUGGCUACACCAUCAUCCUGCGGGUGGCGGGAGCCAAUCCGGAGCUGGAGCCGGUGAUGAAGUUCAUCGAGGUGGAGCUCCCGGGAAGCACGCUGAAGGAGAAGCACAGGAACAUGCUGCAGUACCAGCUGCCCUCCUCCCUCAGCUCCCUGGCCCGGAUCUUCAGCAUCCUGGCCAAGAACAAGGAGCACCUCCGGAUAGAGGACUACUCUGUCACCCAGACCACACUAGACCAAGUAUUUGUGAAUUUUGCGAAGGACCAAAGUGACGAGGACCACUCUAAAGACAUUUCCGUCCGGAGGAAGGACACUGUGUUGGACAUUUCACAGCCCAGCUCUUUGCUGAAGGACGGGCAAAUGAAGGACAGCUAUGUGUGAACAGGAACAGCGGAGUUUCUGUCCGUUUAGGAUUUUUCUUAUGUUUUUAUCAUUUUCAUUGGAAAGUGUGCCAGAAGAGAAGCACACUGCUGGAAAAAACUCAAUGCAAGUCAAUGCAAAAAAAAAAAUGGUUUGGUAUUAACCAGCAAUGGCCCGGUGCCCCUUGCUAGGUUUAAGGACAGGACAGAGGGUGCGAAACUUGAAAAUACUAUAAUCUGUUCCUCUGCUAUAGCAGUCAAGUCUGUACUGUUGUUCGUUUCGUUCAGCUUGGGUUCGUAACAUUUUCUGCAGUGUGAAAAAUUUCAAUCGUUCACUGCCAAUGAUGAUAAAGCCAGAAUAGCCAUUAAAAGGAUCGUAAUCACUCAUGCUAAACAUUGCCAAGGGCUUAAAAGCAAAACUAUGAUCUUUCCAUUUGAUUGUUUUUUUUUAUAUUUAUGUACCUUUCUACAUUUAAAUAUGUAACCAAAAUUGUAAAACAAUUAUUUAAUUAUUCAAAUGUGGCAUUUGUAAGGCCCUUUGUUUUCAGUACAGUGCCUGACCGAUUUUUUAACACUCCAAAUCAGAUUAUAAAAAAUUCUAAAAUGGAAUGUACUGUACAGAAAAAACAUUUUUCGAUUUUAUACUUUUUCAACAUUUUUUAUUGUUCAGGAGAUUAAGCUUUAAUCAAAGUUUGUAUCAAAUACCUCAGCAUACAUCGAUGCCCUGACAUUCAAAAGAUGGUUCCCGAAACCAUUGCUCUAGUGUUUUCAUCAAAAUCCUGUGAGCUGUGGUAAAAUGUGUGAAUGCACAGAACAGGUCUUUGAACAGCAGUCCCCAGUGUGGACCAUUCCUCCUGAUACCUGAUGCUCAUGUAUGUUUUCUAAGUGUUAGCAGAGCAUUACUUGCAACUCAAUGCUAAGGCCUGCCUACAUAAGGAGGCGAAACCUUGUCUCCGUCAAGACUGCAGUGUUGUAUUAUUCUCAUGGCAGAACAGAAGAACAUCAGCGCACAUCUGCUGUACUUGCGCUGCUGUGGUAUAUUGUGUCAGACAAUCGUAUGGUAAGACACACAACUGUGUACCAUUGUUAACCACUGGGCGAUCUGACAAGCUGUGCUGUUAUGUCCAACUUUGGGUGCAUCACCGUCACGUGUUUUCAUCUCAAUGGCCAUCAUUUUAUAGAACCCUAAUAUGUUCAUACUGUGAAUGACACCUGUAACGUUAUCUUGCCACUGUUGUGACCAAUUGUAACCACUGGCCAAACACCACCGAGUGUUCAAUUUUUUUUUUUUUUUUUGGCUGGCACAGCUCCUGAGUGAAUCGAAACAAAGAUUUCGUUUCGUUAGAUUGGCUGUGAUUGGGGAAAGGAAUUGUGGUCGAUCCUUCAUUCCAAGCACUUUAUGUACUGUCUUUAGUGGGAUCGAUUUGCACUGGAGAAUAAGCAGACAGAAUACACAACCAUUUUGUUUUGAUCAAAAAGAAAUUCCUUCCAUGGUCAAUAUUUCUUGUUUAAUAUGUUUACUUUUUUAAUAUAUUAAGAAUGGCUGUGGGAAUGUCUGUUACUUGUCAUGUACAGUACUUAUUUACAAAAUAAAAGUUGAGAAAUUGCCA